AAAAAUUGUUGUCUGUUGACAAAAAAUAUUUUGAGGUUGGUUAAUUGAUAACAUAGUCUUUUCUUUCUAAAUAAUUGUGGUACUUACUACCUAGUUCACCCGUUUGUAUUUUAGAAUUUUCAUCCACAAACAUCCAAAAUGUUGAUGCCAAAAAAGAAUCGUAGAGCUAUCUAUGAAUACCUCUUCAAAGAAGGUGUAAUGGUUGCUGAAAAAGAUUUCCAUAAACCUGUACAUCCCGAUAUUGAAGGCAUUCCAAAUUUGCAAGUUAUCAAAGCUAUGCAGAGUCUCAAAUCUAGAGAUUAUGUUAAAGAACAAUUUGCAUGGCGUCACUAUUAUUGGUACUUGACAAACGAGGGAAUUCAAUACCUUAGGGAUUAUCUUCAUUUACCAACUGAGAUUGUUCCAGCUACAUUGAAGAGACAAGCUAGACAAGACGCAAGAGGACCCAGAACAACACCAGGAGGAAGGCCUGAAGGCGGCAGAUCUGGUGAAGACAGAGCAACUUAUAGACGAGCUCCAGGUGCACCUGGAACUGACAAGAAAGCUGAAGUGGGUGCUGGUACUGCUGAAUUGGACUUUAGAGGACCUGGUGCAUUUGGUGGAUUUGGCCGUGGUAGAGCUCCACCUCAAUAAAUGUAAUUAAUUAUAUUACUUAAAAAUAAAAAAUUACAAAAUAAAAAAAAGUAUAAAAUUUA